AAAAGAAAUAUUCGGGAUCUCCCAGCCACUAUCGGGCCGCGUUCCGCUUGAUGCCGGAUGUCGAGUACUACCAGAUCUGGAUUUUGGAUUCUGUUUCAAGAUAACAUCAGGUUAUCGAGCCGCCUGCAAUGAGCCCCCCAUUCGAUACGGUUAUCUUUGACAUCGGGGACGUGCUUUUUACCUGGUCGUCAACGACCUCGACCCGUAUCUCCUCAAAAUCCUUACGCAAAAUCCUUGCAUCCCCAACUUGGCUGGACUACGAACGGGGGAAGGUCAGCGAGCAGGAUUGCUAUGAUCGUGUGGGAGAACAAUUCUCCUUCGACCCCCUCGAAGUCAAAGAAGCCUUUUCCCAAGCUCGGGACUCUCUAAAGUCAGAUGACCAGAUGAUCAACCUCAUCCGCGAGCUCAAAGAGAAAUCGCACGGUCGACUAAGAGUGUUCGCUAUGUCGAAUAUCUCUUUACCUGACUACGAGGUUCUCAAGACAAAGCCAGCGGACUGGCCGAUUUUUGACCGUGUUUUCACGUCCGGAGAGGCAGGCGAACGCAAGCCGGACAUUGCAUAUUAUAAACAUGUCCUGGCGGCGACCAACACCGUCCCUAGCGCCGCGAUUUUUGUGGAUGAUAGGCCUGAGAACGUUCUUUCUGCGCGUUCGUUGGGUCUUCAUGGGAUCGUCUUCGAUGACAAGCAGCGGGUGCAGAAAGAGUUGCGGGAUCUUUUGGGUGAGCCAUGAAUAUCAACUACAAGGAAUAAAAAUAGAAAGUCUUCAAAGAUUCUCUUCAUGUCCAUGUUAUCGUAUACAUAUCGUGUAUUAUAUGGUCACGUAGGGCGUCGCUUAAGAUACAUCAUAACUUGUACUGCGUGUAAUAAUGGAUGAGUUAUCGUACACAUAAUAUGUAGAAAGUCCGUGAAUGAAUACCAUAAAAAUAACAUAACUGAGUGGUGCGACAUAACGAAUAGCAUGAUAUCCAAUUACAAGAAUACAUGUUCUAUGGGAAAAGAAGAGAAAAGAAGAAAACUCACACCUACAC